CCGUCAUGGCCCAUGUUCAAGCCCCCUCUGCCAGUUGUUCAGCUAUACCCAGAGCUGCAUCCCGCAACGUCAAAUAUUGUUCUCGUCUCAUCUUUUUUCCCUCGUUCUCUCUGCCGCGAUUAUGUGGCAUAUCUCAAGACUUUGCCACUGCAGACAACCCCUUCAAAGCCGAAAAAGGGGGAAGCAGUCCGUGUGAAUGAUAGAUUCCAGAUCAAUGAUCCAGACUUUGCCCGCAGGCUGUGGGACACUACCGGGCUGAAAGAGUUGAUUCUGGAGGAUGAAUCGAUCAAAAGCCUUUGGGGCGGCGAACCGAUCGGUCUCAACCCCAAUAUCCGCAUAUACCGCUACUCCAAAGGCCAAUACUUUGACUGCCACUAUGAUGACUCGAACUAUCUGAUGCUCGACUCUGUAUCUGUCAAAACGACCUGGACGCUCCUCUUGUAUCUGACUUCUGCCGCAGAGGGAUGCAUUGGCGGAGAGACAGUAUUUUAUCCUCAUGAUCGCAAAUCAGCGGCUGAAGAAAUCGCUGUGUCGCUCGAAACUGGAAUGUUGCUUUUGCACAAGCAUGGCGACGAUUGUCUGCUGCACGAAGGAAGAGAAGUACAACAAGGAGAAAAGUGGGUGCUCAGAACCGAUCUAUGUGUCAGGCGAUGAAGGGAGGAGGGACAUUGCUUUGGUCCACAGACAUAAAGCUUGUAGGGACGUCUCUCUUGGGGCGAGAGAGUGGGAUGAUCAUGCAUACAAUGGCAGGACAACGAUAUCACUGGAUAUCAAUGAAAGUGACAUCACCGGGAUUGCGAUAAGUUAGGAAAUGUAAAGUCAAGUUCAAAUUAUGCCAGUGGCAGAGUAGGAAAUAGGAACAACUUGUUAAAUAAAAACGAGAAAACAGCAGAGGGGAGUCUGUCAGGAU